GCCAGGCGAGAGAAAAAAACAAGACGAAUUUUUAUCUGCUUGUUAUUGGGCUCUUAUAUUUGCUCCCCGAUUCCUUGUUUCUCUUUGCGAAAGAUCUCAGCUUUCUCGUCUCUUUCUUGUUCUUUGGAGCUUUUCUUUUUGCUAUGGAAGCCUGCAGCUUACAGUGUCAGCUGUUUGUGGAUAAGAUCGAGCCUUCUCCUCCUUGUUAAAUCUGUUGCUUUUGCCUAGAUCUUUGCUGCAUUCUGUAGAUUUUUGCUGGCGACGAAUAAAAAAAAUUUGAUCUUGAUGUCGAUUUUUUCCGAUUCCGAUGCUUAAUCUAACAGUUUAGAUCAAGCUAAAUUAAAGGACGAGGAGGAGGAGGAGGAGAAUAACAGUUUAGAUUUGAUGAUUUUUCUGCAUUUCACAGAUUUUAAGCUGGAAAAGUAUCAAAAUUUUGAUUUUGAUUUCGCCAUUUUUGAUGAUUAAUCGAACAGUUUAAGCCAAAUCCGAGGAGGAGGUGGUGGAGUGAUGGCCGGAGCAGAUCCAUACGCGCACAGCUCGGUCCACAAGGCCGUAGCGGGACACGAUUACGCCGCCCUCAAGCGCAUCCUCUCGUCGCUGCCCGGCCUCGCCGAGCCGUCCUCCAUCACCACCGAGGCGGCGUCCCUGGCGGAGGAAGCUAAGGCCGACGCCAUAUCGGCUUUCAUCGACCGCCGCGACGUCCCCAACCGAGAGACACCACUCCAUCUCGCGGUCCGCCUCGGCGACGCCGCCGCCGUCGAGCUGCUCAUGGUCUCCGGCGCUGACUGGAGCCUCCAGAACGAGCAAGGCUGGAGCGCGCUCCAGGAGGCCAUCUGCGCCAGCCAGGACAACCUUGCUCGUAUCAUCGUCGGCCACUACCAGGCCCUCGCCUGGGCCAAGUGGUGCCGCCGCCUGCCGCGGCUGCUCGCCACGAUGCGCCGCAUGCGCGACUUCUACAUGGAGAUCACUUUCCACUUCGACAGCUCCGUCAUUCCCUUCAUCUCCCGCAUCGCCCCCUCUGACACCUACAAGAUCUGGAAGCGCGGCUCCAACCUGCGCGCCGACACCACCCUCGCUGGAUUCGACGGCUUCAAGAUUCAGCGCUCCGACCAAACCAUCCUCUUCCUCGGAGACGGAACAGAGGACGGCAAACUGCCGCCGGGAUCCCUGUGCAUCAUCUCCCACAAAGACAAAGAGGUAAUGAACGCUCUGGAAGGCGCCGGCGCCCCCUCCACCGAGGCAGAAAUCCACCAGGAGGUCUCCGCCAUGUCCCAAACCAACAUCUUCCGCCCAGGGAUCGACGUCACGCAGGCAGUGCUCCUCCCCCAGCUCACCUGGCGAAGACAAGAGAGGUCCGAGACGGUCGGGCCAUGGAAGGCCAAAGUGUACGAUAUGCACCACGUCGUGGUGAGCAUGAAGUCCCGGAGAGUGCCCGGCGCGAUGACCGACGAGGAAUUCUUAUCUUGCUGCGACGACAACGAGUCCGACAGCGAAGAGUUCGAGGGGAUACUGACGGAGGAGGAACAACAGCAAUUGGAGAACGCGCUCAAAAUGGGAUCCUCGGAGCAAUCCCAAUCCGACGCCUACCUUGCUCAUCGGCAUAGUUGCCAUGAACCGAGGACGGCGCCAGCAAUGGAAGACGCUCACAGCAGCAGCAGCAACAACAACAACAACAACGCCGAGAGAAGGCAAGAUCGGAAGAGUUGGUUCGGCAAUUGGAUUAAACGAAGCAAUAGCAAUCACAGACAAGACGAUCAAAAGAAGGCCGCGCCGCCAAGGAAUUCGCUCUCUCUGGAGGAGAAGGUGAGCGACCUUCCCGGCCAUUCGAUAGAUGCCGCGAACAGGGCUGAAGAUCUCAAGAAGGGAAGGGAUCACAAGGAUCUCAAGAGCGGGAAAGAGAGCGAGUUCAGAAAGGGUCUGAGGCCUGUUCUGUGGCUCUCUCCCGACUUUCCGCUGCAGACAGAAGAACUGCUGCCGCUGCUCGACAUUCUCGCCGACAAAGUCAAAGCCAUUCGCCGGUUGAGGGAUCUCAUGACGACGAAGCUCCCUCCCGGAACCUUUCCAGUCAAGGUCGCGAUUCCGGUCAUUCCUACCAUCCGAGUCCUGGUUACUUUCACCAAGUUUGAAGAGCUACAGCCGGCGGAGGACUUCUUGACUCCUCCUUCCAGCCCCGGCCACAAGGUGGUUGAAGCAUCGACAUCCAACUCCUGGAUUCAAUGGAUAAAGGCACCAUAUCGUCAAAGCUACUCGAUGGCAUCUGGGCCAAGUAGCCGCGUCGAAGACAUUCAGAAUCCGUUCGCCAUUCCUCCCGACUAUGCUUGGACUACUCCUGAAGCAAAAAAGAAGAGAAUGCAGGAAAACAAGAGCAGAUCAAAGAAGGGAAGGAGUCUGAAUCAAAGUAGUUGAUACGCUAUGUGCUCGAACGAUGUCCCGACUCGAAGGCUCUAUGGCAAUUGAUGAUCGUUUCGUGACGCUGAACGAGAGCCCGAAGAUCAUCUCUUUUUUUUCUCUUGUAUCAGCUUGAUCUCCUUUGGGUAUGUUUGUGUUGCUCCUAUGGUCUCAUAUGCUCAUGACAAGAGAAAAGUGAAUCCUUUGUGAUGGACACUCAUGUCAUUACUAGUUCGAUCUGGAUCAAUCAAUCGAUUAUGUGUUUUUAA